AGUAGAGGAUUGCGAGCUUGAGCCGGGAGGUUCGGAGUCCGGGUUCUGGUCGAUCGGGUUCGGGUCUGCAUCGUCUGUUGGACUUUGUGGGGGGUCGAAGCGGUGGCCUAUUGGAGUGGGAGAACGAGAGUUCGCUACGAAAAAUAAAGGUUACUGUUAGAUGAAGGGAAACCGAACAUUCUGGAAAAGGACGAUGCCAGCGAUCCAAAUGCCUUCUUUUUUGGUGUGCCCCUGCCACAAUUGAACAUGAACACUGUGCAUCUCAAAACUGGACAAACUUUGGCGGUGCCACAGAUAUUGCAUGAACUUUGUAAUUACGUAUUGCAUCAUGCUGAGGAGAAAGGUAUUUUCAGGAAACAGGGUUCUGGAAGUAAACAAGAAGCUGGAAAUUGAAGCUCCUGUCGCCAGGAAAUCCAUGGUCAUGCCAAAGUUACCCAACGUAUUGUCCUUGGAUGAGAAAAAGUAUCUUCUAGCAGUCGAAAGAGGUGAUUUGGCAAAUGUCAGACGUAUGUUACAAAAAGCCCAAAGAAACAGAACCACUCUUGACAUAAAUUGCAUGGACAGCUUAGGACGAGGUUCUCUCACAAUCGCUAUCGAUCAAGAGAAUCUAGAAAUGGUGGAACUGCUGGUUGUAAUGGGAGUGAGCACGCGAGAUGCCUUAUUACAUGCUAUCAACGUGGAAUUCGUAGAGGCCGUAGAACUACUACUUGAACACGAAGAACUCAUACACCAAGAAGGACAGCCUUACAGUUGGCAGAGAGUUGAUAUCAGCACUGCUAUGUUCACUCCAGAUGUCACUCCGCUCAUUCUGGCCGCUCAUCGGAAUAACUACGAGAUCCUGAAGAUUUUGCUGGACAGAGGUGCCACGGUUCCGAUGCCUCACGACAUCAAAUGCGGUUGUGACGAAUGCAUACGCGAUUCAGAAGAAGAUUCUUUGAGACACUCGCUGUCUAGGUUGAACGAAUACAAAGCCCUGGCGAGUCCGUCUCUGAUAGCUCUCUCGUCGAGCGAUCCACUCUUGACAGCUUUCCAACUGUCUUGGGAACUAAGAGGAUUGGCAUUUGCAGAGCCUGAAUGUAAGUCUGAGUAUAUGGAGCUUAGGAAGCAAUGCCAACAGUUUGCUGUGGAUUUAUUGCAUCAGUCGAGGAGUUCACAAGAGCUGGCUAUCAUUUUGAACCACGAUCCAGAUAAUCCCCCGUAUGAGGAGGGAGAACCCAUGAAAUUGGCUAGACUGGAGUUAGCAAUUCAAUAUAAACAGAAAAAAUUUGUUGCACAUCCAAACAUUCAACAGUUACUCGCAGCAAUAUGGUACGAAGGAGUGCCAGGCUUUAGAAGAAAAUCCUCCUGUCAAAAACUGUGGAUAAUCAUCAAGGUAGCGUUGCUGUUUCCCCUAUAUUGUCUGCUGUACAUGUUCGCACCUGAAUGCAGAAUCGGGAAACUCAUGCGAAAACCCUUCAUGAAAUUCCUGAUCCACGCAUCAUCAUACCUCUUUUUUCUAUUGUUGCUGAUUUUGGUCUCCCUCAGAGCUGACGAUUUGAUUUGGGAGUAUUUCGGGACAGAUUCCAUGAGAGCAUAUUUGCUAGAGAAGUACGAAAAACAGCGUGGAAACGUGCCUACGAUAUUAGAGUGGGUGGUUCUGAUAUACGUGAUUGGAUUUAUUUAUGAGGAAACUAAAGAGAUUUUUGUGGAAGGAAUCGAAUCGUAUCUGAGGAAUCUAUGGAACUUCAUCGAUUUCACGAGGAACGUACUGUAUACGGCAGUUUUUUUCCUCAGAGUGGCUUCUUAUUUUCAACAAAUUGCUGAAAUUCGGAGAGAUCCUUCAACAGCUUACAUUCGAAGAGAAAAGUGGUACGCGUUUGAUCCACAGUUGAUAGCCGAAGGUCUUUUUGCUGCGGCAAAUAUUUUCAGUGCUCUCAAACUAGUUCAUCUCUUCUCCAUAAAUCCUCAUUUGGGGCCACUACAAAUUUCUUUAGGACGCAUGGUCAUUGACAUUGUGAAAUUUUUCUUCAUUUAUUCGUUAGUUCUGUUUGCUUUUGCAUGCGGACUGAACCAGCUCCUGUGGUAUUUUUCUGAUUUGGAGAGGCAGAGAUGUUAUCAUUUGGGCAAUGGAGAACCAGACUUCACUGGUACCGGGGAUUCUUGUAUGAAAUGGAGAAGAUUUGCUGAUGUUUUCGAAUCGUCCCAAUCAUUAUUUUGGGCCAGUUUCGGUCUAGUAGAUCUAGACAGUUUCGAGCUGACUGGUAUAAAAACGUAUACGAGAUUUUGGGGACUGCUGAUGUACGGUUCAUACAGUGUGAUCAACGUUAUAGUACUGCUGAAUCUACUUAUUGCCAUGAUGUCGAAUUCCUAUGCUAUGAUCGAUGAACACUCAGAUACCGAGUGGAAAUUUGCCAGAACAAAAUUAUGGAUGAGUUAUUUUGAGGAAACUGGAACUCUCCCACCUCCGUUCAAUAUUUUUCCCAAACCCAAAAUGCUUUUCAAACUCUUCGGGAUCAGAAAAAAAGACAAAUUGAGAAGAAUGUCCACUAAGAGAAGAAAUAGGGAAGAAAAGGAACGAGACUACAAAUACACAGCUGUAAUGCGAGCUCUAGUAUGGAGAUACGUAUCAGCCAAGCACAGAAAAUGUGAAGAAGCUCCAGUUACCGAAGAUGAUGUCAACGAACUGAAAAGCGAUAUAUCGUCCUUCAGAUACGAAAUACUAGAAGUCUUGGGUAAAAAUGGAAUGGAUAUUUCUUCUGCUGAGAAGAAAGAAAGAGCGGUGCUUGGUAGGAAGAUGAAAAUCUGGGAGAGAAGAUUGAUGAAAGACUUCAAAGUUGCACCAAUAGCCUCGGAAGACAAUGAUGCUCUUUUUGCUCCAGCUCCAGAAAAUGAAGAAGCCUUAGCUAGGUUCCGAAGGGUAGCCAAACUUGCAAUACAAGACUCUGGAAUAGCCAAAUGGAAACAAGUUGUCAGAGGUGCACAGAUAGCAUCGCAAAUUGGUCGGUGUCAUACUCGAGAUUCCGUCAAAAAACAGAAGAACCUACAGAGAGCCAUGGAUGAGGCUAAAAGGUUAGCAUCUAGAAGUCCUGAUGUUUCAACUGUGUCUUCUCCUAUAAUACUGCCUGAUUUGACAGGUGCAGACAUUGUCGACUUAGUCAGGGGAGACUUCGAAGGUAAUGUAGUUAACCUUGAAGAGGCACCAUCAGAGCCUACCGAUAUCCAGGUUUCCAAGAAACGGGAUACCUCUCUACCGAAACAAGAAACGCCAGAUCUGAUAACCCUAGGAAGUGCCAAAAACUCCCCAGAAAAAUCGACCACUGGCCAAGUUUUGGAUAGCAUUAAGGAAGCAACUACUGCCGAAGAAAUAUCUUCUUCCUCAAUGAUCGCCAGUCACCUUCCAGCUGAGAAAUUAGAUAGUCCAAGCAGAUCCUCUGGACAUUCUGUGGACUCGUAUAUCCAUCCCAGCAGAAGACUUACCGAGUUGGACUUCGAUAACAGUUCUGAAGAUGAAACAGAUAAAAAGCUUGAGGAAAAAGUUCCUGGAAUGACUCUCAAAUCUCCACAGAGAGUACAAUUCGCAUCUCACGAUAAUCUAGAACGUGGUAAGGGAAAUAUUCCAGCAGUAUCCGAGAGAGUGGGGAUAUUGAAGGGUCCUGGAACUGGUCAUGAAAGUUUCCUACCUAAGAUAAAGUCUGAACUGGUAUGUGUGGAAAAGACUGAGGUAGUUCAAACGGAAGAGGAUAAAAAGAAAAACGUGGUGAUAGAAAAGAUGCCUGACAAAUUGAAGCCAGAAGUAGUUCCAAAAGCAGCUUCAUCUUCUUCACAGCUUCAACCAAUACCACCCACCACGACAGCAGCUACUACUCCCAUGUCUCAAAGAAAUAUACAGCGCGUGCACGUCAGAAAGGUUCAGCCUAAAUAUGGGUGGCUAUAAUUCACUUAUGUAUAUUAUUGUUCUUAAUUUUCGGGAUUUACUCUCCUCCUUUCUUCCAAAUGUCACAAUGAAAUUUUAAUCUCAGCGAUAUUUUGAGGCGAAUCAUCUGUUCUUCUUCGUUUCUACAAGAUUAUUAAAAUAAUACUUAUAUUGUCAUUUAUAGAAAUGGGGAGAAAAUUCCAAAAAUUCAGAUAAAUAAAAAAUACUCCACCUCCCCGAUUAACCUACAGACAGUAUCUGUUUUGUUGAAUUUGGAAUUAUAUGGAGCAUACUUAUUACACUGUAAUUUUGUAUUAGGUUUUUAUAGGAGUUUGUAAUUUGUUAUAUCAUAAUUAUACUCUCGCCAAGUCGCCAAUUCAUAUAUAAUAUGCAAAGCACCUUAUUUUUGAAGCUGGAAUUAAAAGAAUGAUAUAAU